AAGUGUAGAAAAUCUAAAUCAUAUUUUUGCAUUAAUUUAUAUAUAAAAAAAGUUAGCAAUUUUAAGGUCGAACCAGCAGAAGUGACUACGGACGAGCCCUUUUCAUCAAUUUCUACCCAAAUCUUAAUCCAAAAUCAGGCGACGCCCUCUCUUCUGAGUACCCAACACAACAGUCACCUUGCUUGUAGUGUCUUAACUAGCUAGCUAUUUCGAUAAAUAUGUCAGAGCCAUAUGAGAAGGUGAAAGGAAAUAGGCUAACUUUCAAAGGAGGAGAUUUAGCUACUCGGAGCAAACCCAUUAGCAAGACUAAGAAUAAGAAAAAGAAAAAAGUUAAGCUAGAUGCUCAAAAUGUGGAUGGCUCUGAGUCCAACGGUGUAGCGACUUCUGCUGCUGCUGCUGUCGAUGGUUCAGGUGGAGCAAGCGAGUACACAAUUGAUGCAGCGAAGCGCAUGAAGUAUGACGAGCUGUUCCCUGUUGAAGCCAAGAAAUUCAGUUACGAUCCUAAAGCGAAGGUGAAGUCCAUUGAGGAUGCACUAGACGACCGUGUUAAGAAGAAGGCCGAUCGUUACUGCAAAUGAUGUGAUGUUCUCUUUGCCCCUUCAGACUAAUUUUCUGCUCCAUGGCAUUUCCUUGUGUUGAAGAUAAUUUUAGUGAUGAACAUCGAGCCAAUAGCAUAACAAACAAGUGUUGUAUGUAAUUUUAAUCACAUUGGAGAAGGAGAAUAGGAUCAGUAUGUGCAUGUUUUUGCUACUUAUAUUUGCUGAUUUAGUCAUUUGAAAAUAUAAUUAGACAAAGUAUAAUGUUGUUUAGAUUCA